AUGCCGACUCAAGUAGAACAGAAAACCGUAGACCCUGAAGCUGAGCUCAGCAAUGUGCAAAGAACGUUCCAAAAACUGGCACCCAUGUGUAGCGUGGAGAAACGAGCUGGCGGUGUGCCGCAACUAGCGCCACAAGAGAAGCAGUUGUCCAUCCUAGCUGCUGAACUAAAAGAAACUCUGCUUUGUAUCAAUUUAGCAAAGAAAGGACAGCACGCUCUUCGCGAUAACUUGAACAAAAGUGGUACUCGGAAAUCUAUCGUCGAAUACGAGCACUUGGAAAGCGAACUAAGAGACGAGAGGGCGCAACAAACUGAAUUAGACUGUUUGAAUUAUUUAGCUCAGAAGCAGCUUGUCGAGUUACUCAAGAAAGUUCCCACUGAGGCUGACGAAUUGGCUAUGAUAGAAAACGCUAGCAAUCGCCUACGCCGAAUGGAGAAUCGUCUGGACCUAGCAACGAAACGAUUUUGUCUCGUUAAUACUGAUAACAAGAGAGUUCGGGAGGAGAUUGACAGACUUCUUGUUGAGAGAAACGAUUUUAACAUUCAGUGGAACCGCACUAUAGGUAAGUUAGUGAAGGGCAAGGAAUAUCUGAUGGAUAUCUUCGAAAUAGCGGCAAAUGCAUUCGGCGAUAGAGAUGAAUGUUGCAGGAAGCUAGAGGCCUUAAAGUGGAAAGGGCUCUUUCAACUAAAUCGAGACAUAUCGGAAAUGCAAUCAUUUGAAGGAGAGUUAAAUCAUCUAGCAAAAUUAGAAGAAUUUCUCAGAGUUAAAGGUUCCAGAAGAAUUUGUGAAGCCGACGAAAAGGAAGAGAUAAAACGGCAGGAAGAGAUACAACGUUGUGAACAAGAGAUCGCGAAACAUGACGCUUUGUUGGACGAGAUAUUUAAUUACGCUGGCUCGGACAGAGUAACUACUAUCAUUAAUCAUUUUAAAGCCACUGAAAUACAGAACUUCUCAAUAUUCGUCCUACUUUGUGAAGUCCUGCAAGAGUCUAUUAUCCUAAGAAGAGAACUUGAGAUUUUAAGACAGAAAAUAAUUGACCAACGCGAUAUAAACGAAGCUCGAGAAGAAAUACAAGACAAAAAAUUAGCGGAGCUGAAUGUGGAACUCGAGAAGAAGAUACAAAAAACCCAAAACGUUAACGAUCUCAGUAAUAACGCUGAUGCUACCAUUCUGAAAGUGUUAAAAGGCAUAGAUGAUCUUGUAAGAUUGGCCAGAUGUGACGUUACGCCGCUGUUAGGUCUAUUGGGUAACCAUAAGGAAGUAACAAAGUGGAACGUGCGAAAAUUUCUGAGGAUUUUAGAGGCAGAUGUUAAGAGUCUCGUUGAAAUUGUAUACGGAGCUGUGAAGCCUCCAGCACCUACUCCCAAAACUCGAAAAGGUCCAGCUCAAGAAACCACUAAACUUGUUGCCGACCCUUACGUAGAAAAUCUCCGUCCUAACCGAAUUGAAAAAUUGGUUCCCUACCAACCAUGUGCUUAUUGCGUUGAAGACUAUAUUAUGAAUUUGGUAUUUGAGACACCAGCAAUUCCAGCUGAUAAAGAAUAUGUUCAAAGUAUAUUUCGUUUGGAAGACGUUAAUACUAAGUUUGGCAUUUAUACUUUAACAAUACCAGCUAAACGUCAUCCGUACAGAGGAUCAAAGAAAGAAUAAAAUAUUUGUCAAAACCUUUUUUUUUACCCAGGAAGCCCAAUUACAGCUUGGUAAAAAAGAGUGUUAAAUAAAUGAGGUCGCCUAUAUCUUAUCGUUGGGAACCCGAAAUACUACGUCUCGACACUGUUUGAUACUUGUAAUUUUUACCAUUAGAUAUUCGGUUUUAAUACCUAAUAAUUACUUUAGAUUAUUAA